AUGGCGGGUGACCCUAAACUCUCCUCGGAGAAGCCCCGCGACAGCGAGACUUCCUCCACUCAUGUGGACGCCAUUCUCAACAACGCCCUCAAGGAAGACAAUGCCGCCAUUGAUCCCUCGCACACCAAUCAGCGUUCGUCGCUGGACAAGGUCCAGCGUACUCCAUCCGACCCCAAGAUUGAGCUCACCGAGGCCGACUGUUACGACCAGCUGGGCUACUCCUUCUCUUCGUUGAAGAAAUGGACAAUCAUCAUGGUCAUCUUCAUGGUCCAGGUCUCGAUGAAUUUUAAUACUAGUCUCUACUCCAACGCCGUCGGGGGCAUUUCUGAGGAGUUCAACGUCAGCAAGCAGGCUGCUCGUUGUGGUGCCAUGAUUUUCCUUGUCUUGUACGCCUUUGGCUGUGAACUGUGGGCUCCGUGGAGUGAGGAGCUUGGCCGCAAGCCUAUCCUCCAAGCCAGUCUCUUUCUUGUCAACAUUUGGCAGAUCCCUGUUGCUAUCGCUCCCAAUUUCGCCACCAUCAUGGUUGGUCGGGCCCUGGGUGGUCUUUCAUCUGCCGGCGGCUCUGUCACGCUUGGUAUGAUCGCCGACCUGUGGGAGGCUGAUGACCAGCAGUAUGCUGUGGCCUGCGUCGUCUUCUCCUCUGUUGCUGGUUCCGUCAUCGGGCCUGUCGUUGGUGGUUUCGUUGAACAAUUCCUCCCCUGGCGCUGGAACAUCUGGAUCCAGUUGAUCUUUGGUGGUUUUGUCCAGGCUUUGCACUUCUUCUUCGUACCUGAAACAAGAACUAGCAUCAUGCUCGACAAGAUCGCCAAGCAAAAGCGAAAGAGCGGCGAGGAUCUUAAUGUUUACGGCCCCAACGAACUGGUGCCCUACAGGGAGCGCUUCUCGGUCCGUGAGGUUCUUGCCACAUGGAUUCGUCCGUUCCGCAUGUUCUUGACAGAGCCAAUUGUCAUGACUCUUUCGCUCCUCAGUGGAUUCAGCGACGCUCUGAUUUUCAUGUUCAUCCAGUCUUUCUCCUUGGUGUACGGGCAAUGGAACUUUAGCGCCUGGGCUAUUGGUCUAUCCUUCAUUCCCAUCCUUGUCGGCUAUUUUAUCGCCUAUGCAUCAUUCAUUCCCGUGUUCCGUCGGAACAAGGCCCAGCGUCUUCGCUGGCCGGACGACGAGCGCACGCAGUACGAAUCCCGUCUUUGGUGGUUGUUGUACACUGCACCUUGUCUGCCCAUUGGUCUCUUCGGUUUCGCCUGGACCAGCUUGUCGAACAUUCACUGGAUUGGAAGCAUGAUUUUCGCUGCCAUUGUCGGUAUCGCUAACUACGCUAUUUACAUGGCUACCAUUGACUAUAUGAUCUGUGCCUAUGGACCCUACUCCGCCUCGGCGACUGGUGGCAACGGCUGGGCCAGAGACUUUUUGGCUGGUGUUUUGACCGUGCCUGCUACUCCUUUCUACCAGAAUAUUGGCGGUAAAUAUCACCUUGAAUAUGCGUCUACUAUUCUUGGCUGUAUUUCUUUUGUUCUUGUGCUUGCUGUGUACGUCGUCUACUGGUAUGGACCAGAACUUCGUAAACGCUCGCCAUUCGCCCAACAACUGUCGGACGCCCGUGCCGAGAUGCAUCAACACAUGGCUCAGGGACAGGGAGUUUCCCAGCUCAAUUCUCGUGCCAACUCGUUUGUGAGGUCGCAACAAAACCUCCGCGUCCGACAGACCUUGGGAAGUCGCCAGAACAGUUACAUCGCAUCACGGGGUCCCUCCCAAGCCAACUCUCGCGUUGCCUCCCAAGCCAACUCCCGUGUUGCCUCUCGUCGCAACUCCCUGUCUUAA